AGGCAGCAGUAACGUUUGAAAGUGUACUGUAUUUGUGUUGUACCGGUCAUGAGAACAGAGAGAUAAAAUGGAGGUAGCUGCUGUGCUCCAUAUGUUUGUCAGGUCGCUGCUGUUUCUGCUGCUGUGGUCAAACUGUGAAGGGAGAGAGUCGGAGCUCAACUACGUGACGUGCGGCUCGCUGGUCAAGCUGCUCAACACCAGACACAACGUCCGCCUGCACUCCCACGAUGUCAAAUACGGCUCAGGCAGUGGACAGCAGUCUGUAACUGGAGUGGAAAACGCAGACGAUGCCAACAGUUACUGGCAGAUCCGUGGAAAGCCCAACCGUCCAUGUCAGCGCGGAGCAUCCAUCAAAUGUGGUCAGGCCAUCCGCAUCACACACAUGAAGACUGGCCGAAACCUCCACACACACCACUUCAGCUCACCCCUGUCUAACAACCAGGAGGUCAGCGCCUUCGGAGAGAACGGCGAGGGUGAUGACCUGGACGUGUGGACAGUGCAGUGUGACGGCGUCCACUGGGAGCGCGACGAAACCGUGCGCUUCAAACACGUGGGCACGGACGUCUUCCUGAGCGUGACGGGCGAACAGUACGGCCACCCCAUCCGCGGCCAGCGGGAGGUGCACGGCAUGAGCUCCUCCAACCAGCACAACUGGUGGCGCGCCAUGGAGGGCGUCUUCAUUCAGCCCAGCCAGGAGCUGCUGCGCCAUGAUGAGCUCUGACAUCAUCACCAGGGCUCGUUCCUGCACAUUUGAAGCACUCAGGGUGUCCGGAGAAGGGAGAUAUAUAUAUACACACACACAUACACGUAUAUCUGUGUGUAUGUGUGUGUGUGUUACAGAUGUUAAUAAUAAACCGUUUAACCGUUAA